UCAUGGUGACCCAGUGCACAAUGACACAAAACUCUGCCUGGUCCUGGUCCAUCCUUGUGUUUGGUUGCGGGUUGGACUGUUGUGAUCCAUAGGGUUCUCGUUGGAUGACUUUUGGAAGGAGAUCGCCAGGCCUUUCUUCCCAGUCUGUCUUAGUCCAAAAGUGCCACUGAAACCUGUUUAGCAUCACAACAACAUGUACACCUCCACUGACAGACAGGUGGUGGCUGCACGUCAGGUGCGUUGGCUGGGAAUGGAACCCUGGUCUGUCACAGGGCAAGUGAGAGUUGUACCACUGAACCAUCACUGUACCCUCCGGAGCCUCUGGGCUUCACAGAUAGCUUCGUAGAGGCAAGUUAAAAACCCAAGGGUCUUGGCUAGGUCUGUCUUAUGUUACAUUGCUUUUUAUCUUUUGCUGUGUACUCUGUUAUACAUUCUUUCUUGUUGUUAGUUGCCAUUGAGUCAGUUCUGACUCAUGGUGACCCCACGUGUGCAGAAUAAAGAUUUUCCAUAGGGUGUUCAAGGUGGUGACCUUUCAGAAGCAGAUUGCCACGCCUGUCUUCCGAGGUGCCUCUGGGUGGGUUUGAACAGCCAGCCGUUCGGCUAGAAGUCAAGCGCUUAACUGUUUGUGCCACCCAGGGACUACUUGUUAAUUUUUUAAAUUCUAUUAAUUCUUUCGUAUCAUCCAGCUUAAUAAAUGCACCAUUGAUUUGGUGUUGAAAAAUUAUUUUUAUUCAGAGAUUUCCUUUAUGUGCUUAGUAUCUUUUUUUCUUCCGGCAGCUUCUUGCCAAGUGUUGACUUUAUGCGUGUGUACGUAUUCGUUUCUCACCAGUGAGAUGAUCAGUUCUUGAGUCAUCAGAGCCGUGCGUGACACUUCCUUUUUGCCCUGCCCAGUGGUCCGCAGACGGCCAUUGCUGGUGCGUUACAGUGGUAUCCGUGGAGCACCCUCUGUGGUUAUGAUUCCUGCAUCAGGUUACCACGGACAAGACUUUUAUACCUUGCUGUAAAUCCUGCUUCUAAUCCUUGGGGACCGAUGGUUGUAUGUUGAUUCUGGGUUGCUGUGUGUCCCAGAGGAAGCGUUGAUCUCAUUAGGGGAAGACAGGCCUGCCUUUGACUGGCUGCCAGCCUUGUUCCUCUUCCUGAAUGUGCGUUGUUUUAUUUUGGUGACUGUACUGUGUGAGGUAUGAGAAGACCCAGGAAUUGCUGGCCGACAGCACAGCUGAACCGCAGGGCAGCCAGCUAAAGCACUCUGCCCCCACCUCCACUGCACACAUCAGGCGAGUGCGCAGUUCCAGAGCCAGAUGGGGAAGGAUUUGCUCUAGAGAACGGUAACUGAAGAGGGAAAACAGGCCUAAAAAUAAACCCUGGACAUAAGAAGGGAUUGGUGUACGCUUGGCUCUGAGAAGGUGCUUUGCGGUUUAUGUGAUCGGAUGCUGGAAAGUUCGUUGUCCAAAGGUCUACACAUGAAGUCACCAUAAAGAGGGUGGCUCCUGCUUCGUAAAGACCUCAUCGCCGUCAGGUGAGGCUAAGAUGAGCAUAACCAGUGACGAGGUGAACUUUUUGGUGUAUCGGUACCUCCAGGAGUCAGGCUUCUCCCACUCGGCCUUCACGUUCGGAAUCGAGAGCCACAUCAGCCAGUCCAACAUCAACGGGACGCUAGUGCCGCCGGCCGCCCUCAUCUCCAUCCUCCAGAAGGGGCUGCAGUAUGUGGAGGCUGAGAUCAGCAUCAACGAGGACGGCACGGUGUUCGACGGCCGGCCCAUCGAGUCGCUGUCACUGAUUGACGCGGUGAUGCCAGACGUGGUGCAGACACGGCAGCAGGCCUUCCGAGAGAAGCUGGCCCAGCAGCAGGCUAGUGCGGCGGCGGCGGCGGCGGCAACGGCGGCGGCAGCAACGGCAACGGCGGCAGCAGCCACCCCAGCAGCCGCUGUGUCCCAGCAAAACACACCAAAGAACGGAGAGGCCACGGUGAACGGGGAGGAGAACGGGGCACACGCAAUAAAUAACCAUUCAAAACCAAUGGAAAUAGACGGGGAAGUUGAGAUUCCACCCAACAAGGCCACCGUGCUCCGGGGCCAUGAGUCCGAGGUGUUCAUCUGUGCCUGGAACCCUGUCAGUGACCUCCUUGCAUCCGGGUCCGGAGACUCUACGGCGAGGAUAUGGAACCUCAACGAGAACAGCAACGGAGGCUCCACCCAGCUCGUGUUGAGGCACUGUAUACGGGAAGGGGGGCACGAUGUGCCCAGUAACAAGGACGUGACCUCGCUGGAUUGGAAUAGCGAUGGAACACUAUUGGCUACAGGUUCCUACGAUGGCUUUGCCAGGAUAUGGACGGAAGACGGCAACCUGGCCAGCACCUUAGGCCAACAUAAAGGCCCGAUCUUUGCCUUGAAAUGGAACAAAAAGGGGAAUUACAUCUUGAGUGCUGGUGUAGACAAAACAACAAUAAUUUGGGAUGCCCACACAGGAGAAGCGAAACAGCAGUUUCCUUUUCACUCAGCCCCAGCUCUUGACGUAGACUGGCAGAACAACACUACCUUUGCCUCCUGUAGCACGGACAUGUGUAUCCACGUGUGCAGACUCGGCUGUGACCGCCCAGUCAAAACCUUCCAAGGACACACAAAUGAGGUCAAUGCAAUCAAGUGGGAUCCUUCCGGAAUGCUGCUAGCAUCCUGCUCCGAUGACAUGACGUUAAAGAUCUGGAGUAUGAAGCAGGACGCGUGUGUCCACGACCUUCAGGCUCACAGCAAAGAGAUCUACACCAUCAAGUGGGGCCCCACCGGGCCGGCCACCAGCAACCCCAGCUCCAACAUCAUGCUCGCAAGUGCUUCGUUUGAUUCUACGGUUCGACUCUGGGAUGUGGAGCGAGGAGUCUGCAUCCACACACUCACGAAGCAUCAGGAACCUGUCUACAGUGUAGCUUUUAGCCCCGACGGGAAAUACUUGGCCAGUGGCUCCUUCGACAAAUGCGUCCAUAUCUGGAAUACUCAGAGUGGAAGCCUCGUGCACAGCUACCGGGGCACCGGCGGCAUCUUUGAGGUGUGCUGGAACGCGCGUGGGGACAAAGUGGGUGCCAGCGCGUCCGACGGCUCUGUGUGUGUUUUAGAUCUGCGGAAGUGAACACAGGAAAGAGAAUUCUAAUGGACCAGCAAUGUGGGGUUGACACCCUCUUCAAACACAAUUCUAUCAGCUCCAAAACUGUACAAACCUGACUCGCAUUAGAGUGUACUUUGAAAUCAACUCGUCCCUGGCUACAGGAGUCUAUAUAUUUUUCAUAACCUUCAUCAAGAAGUUUCAAAAAAAAAAAAAACACAACCCACAGUCCUAUCAUAGGGGGUAAGGAUGGUGUUCCACCUGGGACGUUCACUCAGCCUGGGCAACACCAAGCCACCAGCUCACGCACGCACGGUUUGGUUUCCAUCGGGAACAGGCUCCGAUUGCAGAAAGGAAAAAAAAAGAAAACUGUGCCAAAAAAAAAAAAAAAGAAAGAGCAAAAUGCUGUGAUAAACCAAAAGGGGAAAAAAGGAAAUUCCUCCUCCUUGUGGUGUGGUUUUUUUUUCCCCCCUUCCAAUUUGGAUACUACAGUUGCUCUCACAAAGGACGUUUCAAAACCAGUUUGUACGGAUGAAAUGUGCAACUUUGUAAUCCCAACACUUUCUAUUUUCUAGAAUCCUUUUUGGUUGAGUGGUUUUUCUAUCAGUUGGAAUCCUGUCGUCUGGGGGCCCUUCAGUCUGGGAAGGAAAAACUGGGUAGGGUUCAUUGCCUCUGUCCUGUCCCUGGGCUCCCCUCCCUGACCUGUGUCCUUUGUCUUGUGUGUCCCAGGACACCCUCAAUAGAUGCAGCCACAUGGACCGAUGACAGACUCUUGGAUGGACAGCUUUCUCUCCCCCUUCUCCGUCUCACCUGCACUGCCCCUCAGCUACUUUCUUUCUGCCCCCUUCAGUAGUUGCUUCAGAUCUUAGCAUCUCGAGGGCACUUCUGACAUGUAACAAGUGCUUUAUAUAAGAAUGCAGGGCAGGGGGACUUUUUAUAGGAGACAAAGAAAAAAAAUGACUUAUAAGAGAAAGAGCCCAGAGUAUUUUUUGGGGAAAAAAAAAAUUAUUUUUAUGUUGAAACAAUUUUAAAAUCUUAAAAUGGCCACCAGACAUAGAGAGUGUUGUGUGGUUCAUAUUUUAAAAGAUUUUACGAAGACACAGGCAAGGUCUGAGGUAGCUUUUCCCCGUUUUUCCUUCAGCUUCACAAAAGGCAGUUAGGAAGACUCUAGUUGGAAAGGGAUUGGUCCUGUGGAUUAGCAGCAGGAUGGUUCUGCAGCCAACGAGGAAAAUUCUAGAUCCUUGGGUCCAAGAGGGACAUUGUCUCUGCCGGUUUGUGUUGACCUGAGCAACCAGAGGGAAAGAAAUGAAGGACGAUGUGCGCUCUGACCCUGAGGAACGCUUCCAAAACCAGGCGGUAUUGACGAAGCCGUCAGCCUGCACAGUGCGAUUUACGUUUCCCCUGUUAGCGACAUCUUUCUCAGGCUGCGUUGCUGUCGUCGGCCAUUUUCCUGUGGCCACUGUUGGCUUGUCCAUGCAAGGCUGACUUCAACGACCCCAAGAUUUGAUUUUUUGUGUCAGCUCAAAAAUAAAUGUGGAAGGCAGGCUUUCAUCCUGAAGAGGAAUUGUAGAGUUAGAACGCCACUCAUCAUUCCUGCCACCUUUAUGGGUUUUUGUUUCCCCUCUGGCAAGAGAGAAAAGGUAAAAGGUUUCCCUUAAAUAAUGGGUCUUUUUACUGGUUUUUUAAAAAAAUUAAAUGCAACUUUGUGUUUUGAGAGGAGUUCCGUUGGAUCGAGUGACCUGUCAUAUAGCACGGCACUGACCUAGUUUUCAAACUAGCGAUGGGGAAAGAAAGUUCUGGAAGGUAGAGCCUCUUCUCUCCUGCAGGCAUAGGAAUGGAUGGGUGGGUGGCCAGCCUGGUGACGGUGGGUAGGUGUCAGCAGGGUGUGUGUCCCAGCAAUGAGAUAUGGUGAUAAUUAAAGGGCGGUGGCCAAAAACCAGUGGUCAGGGAAGGAAAAGAGCGUCCAGUAGAAUCUGCAAUGUGCCGGAACCAGCUGUGGUCACUAGGGUAGAUUGGUUGUUCUUGGCUAAUUAACUGGCCUUUGCUUGGGUGUUUAAUUAUCCAAGCCCCAUCUGUAGAAAGCCAAGAAGGCUGGUCUUGUAAAGAGGCAACGAUCCAAUUUUUGAGGACAGCAGGGAGCCCAGGUGAGGAAGGUGGGGUUCUGGAUUCUGUGUGGGAUGCAGUCUGUGGGGCCCAGACGAGCCCCAGGUAGAGGUGUGCUUAUCCUGACAAGAGUGUCAGCUGUGGAGGACGGCCUGUUGUCAGGACAUGGUUUGAGCUGUAGAAGCGCUAUGGCAGAUGUGUGUGCUAAGGGAGUCGUGAGCUAAUCUUCACACGAAGGUAGGUAGCCAAGGUCUCACCCAGGUGUGGACUUGAGCCUCUUGAUAAAUCCAACCACGUCCAGAAUCCUUACGUUGGAGCCGAGGGAUGCAAGGCCUGGGGCGGGGGCUCAAUCCCUGUGCACAGUAGUGCGCCCCCUACAGGCAAAGGAGGACCAGGUCCACAGAGCUGGCCUCCCCAGCCCGCCACCUGAGACAAGCUUGCCUGCCUUAGGCCACAAGGGGGACCAACCAAAAGAAUGUGGCCGGUAAGCACCCCACAGUCAGAAAACGCAACCCAGUCCACUGCUGUUUACCGAGCGCCCACAUCUGCACGCUAUGUCUGUCCUGCCGCCAGAAGCCAGUAGAUUCAUCCUUGUGGUCAAGGGGUAGCCCAUCUGUUGCGUCGUUGACUUCGUUUACAGUCCUGAAAAACUGUCCUGCUUACGUUAGUGACCAAAUUGGAUGCCGAUUCCGAAAGCGACCCCAGCAUGACGAUUCUCCAGUGAGUCUCCACUUGGGUUUGAAGUGACCAGAGCCAUGCCUAGCACACACCUGGGAAAGGACGCUGCCCCAUGGGGCACCCGCAGGGCUGGGCGGCACAAGGCGACCCACAUUCAAACCCAUGUGAUGCCGCCAGACUGGACUUCUGUUGAAACAGAUCACGGAGCCAAGCAAAGUGCACUUUUGUCAGGUGGAAGGGUCUGCUUUGUUCCCUGUUGUUUCUCUCUUUUAACGUUUCGUUUUGCCUUCCCCCCGCCCCCCCAAUUGUGUUUCUUGUCGAAUGCAGAACUGUUUUCUCCGCCACUCACUGAAGUUUUGAAUUCUGGCUUCUGCGGUUUUUAUUGUCUGUGUCAGACGUACAGCCAGGCCUGGUUCCCCUCAGCGUUUUUCAGAUUCUGUUCAGUCCACGCCCCUCCCCCCGCUUACGUUUGCCCUCCCGCCCCACUCACCCUCACACUCUGAGAGAAGAAUCACCUUGUGCGUCGCAGCUCAUUUGUUUCCAGAGAGAAUCGACAGAUCAUAUUCCGUGUCUUGAAUAAAUUGCUCUAUUUUGAUAUGAGAGAA